UAUAUUUUCAUGCAACGUAUUAUUCACUUAUUUUGCACAUUUAUCUUCAUGUUUAAAAUAAUAUUGUACCCAGUAGAUUAACCCUAAACAAUAUCUAUCAUGCAUAUUAUACUUGCUCAUCAAUCAAUUGAUAAAUACAUAGCUUAAAUAAACUCUAGAAAUUAUAAUUGUCCAAGGGCAAAAUUGAAAAGAAUUUAAAUAUUUUAUGGGACCAAUAUGAAAAAAAAAGGAAAAGUGCAAAAUCUGCAAAAGCGACCAACCCCGUGGCUCCUAUUUAUAGCGGAUAUGUAGGACGUGCAAAAUCCACCAAAACGAUAUAGCGUUAGUGUUUCAAGAAUCUAGCAGUCAUGGUGAAAGAGGAAGGAGAGUCAAGCUCGAGCAGGGAUGAAAAGCAGCGGUCGCCACUGACGAUAGCCACCUUGCAGAUAAUAAAAGAACAGCCUCGUCGAAGGGGCAAAAGGAAACAACCUGGAGGUUCGAUCAUGCACUUUGAUAACACAGACCCUGGCUAUGGCUGGUUGCUGCCUGGUUGGAUUGCUGAAGAGCGCCGCGUCCUCUCAGGCAGGCUCUAUAGGUAUUAUUAUGACCCAUCUGGGCGUCAAUACCGCACCCAACGCGAAGUCUUGUAUGCAUGGGAAAGAUCGGGCGUGGUUUGCAUUGAUUUUUGACCAAACUCAAGCCAAAGGGUUUAUUUGUCAAGCAGGUCAUAAUAAUAAUAUAAUCGUAAAGAAAUUGGAUCCCCAGCUAGAGCUAGAU